AAUUCAUUGGUUUCACUCUCUCAAUAUCAUUCUUCUUCGUCUUCGUUCUUCUCUUCACUUUGAACGUGAAAAAAAAACAGAGAGAUUGUCUUUGAAAUCAACAAGAAGAUGACCAUGCGAUCUUUACCUUCUUCCUCUUCUUCUUCAUCUUAUUCACUCGCUUCUACAAGUUUGAGCAAUAGACUUGAGACCAUCUUCAAGAAAGCUUCCGAGCUUUGCACUCUCUGUGAUAUCGAAGCCUGUGUCAUCUAUUAUGGACCAGACGGAGAACUUAAGACAUGGCCUAAGGAGCGAGAGAAAGUGAAAGACAUUGCUCUUAGGUAUAGUCAAUUAAACGAAGCCUUGAGACGCAAGAAACGUGUUAAUCUUAAUGACUUCCUGAACAAGAAGAAGGAUAAGGGUUUGAAGAAUCCGAAUAAGAAGAGGAAGACGAGUUUGAAGAAAGUGAAUGAAUUGAAGUAUCCAAUCUCUGAUCAUUACUCUCCUGACCAAAUCUCCAAACUGAUUCAGUCCUUAGAACUCAAUGUCUCUAAAGUCCAAGAAAGGCUUCGUUUUGUUGAGUCUCAGAAACACAAGGAGACAAAACCGGAUCAUCAGAGUUUAGCAUCAUCCUCUCUGAAUCAUCAGACCCAACCUUUGAACCCUAGCCAGUUCUCGCUAUUUAUGUAUAACCAUGGAGAUAAUACUCUCUCUCAAAUCCCAGUCUCUGCAUUCAAUCAGGAUUUUUCAGCGUUAUUUCAAGAAUCUGAGUUUAAGAACCCGUUAGUGAAGCAGGAGCUUUGUGGUUAUGAUCAGAACAUGUGCAUGAGUGGCAUUACCAACAACAGUUUCCAACAUCCUUGCGUCUCAAACAAAGAACAUUACUCGGCGGUACAAGAAUCUGUGAAUAACUAUGAGUUGAAUCAGUUGAUGCAGCAUGAACUUUAUGGUUGUGAUCAGAACCUAAGUAAUAUCAAUAACAACAACUUCCAACAUCCUUGCGUCUCAAACCCACAACAUAACUUGGUGAACUUGUGUUCGAGUGAUAUUACCAACAGCAACGUUCUAGACCAUUAUGGUAAUAUGGUCGGUAACUCUAGCUUCCCUCAAGAUAUGUGUUCAAGCUAUGUUUAUAACUUUGAUGAGAGCAGUCUACUUCAGACAUCUACUCUACCAUAUGUCUCCACCGUUCCUAAGAGUUAUCUUCUAUCCGGCAACUCAAGUUGAAGCAAUUGAUUACCUCCUUCAGUGCCAAUAAUGAAGUAGUACAGUUAUGAAGUUGUUUCUGCAUUAGUUUCUAUUUUUGAGUAUUGAAAAAACAGAUGUAAUUGUUUAUUACCUCUUUUAGUUUUUAUUAUGAAUAGGAAACAUUUUGUUUAGUAUGCGUUGUUCUUGGUCUAUAAUGUAUUCAGCUAAAGAAAUCAAGCUCAAUAAU